AUGUCGCAAUACCAUGGUCAUCCUGAGAUCCUGGCCAUCUUACCAUCUCCGGUGCUCGUGAUGGUCCUGGAGCAACUGGAGGAUCUGGCCUCUCUCCACAGUGCGUAUCGCGCAUCACCGGCGGUGUUUUCCGUGUUGCACGAAGAAGGCACUGCCCGUCGAGUCAUCGAGGCAAUCAUGGACCUCAGCCUGCCAGAUAUGACUCAGGUCUUGAUUCGGAAGUUUGCCCAUCUGCGAUGGAACUUCCGUCCGCUGGAGGGAGUGGACACCUUCAUUAAACAGUAUAUCACCGACGACACGGAAUAUACCCAGCUGCCACGUGAAAUUCCUCUCCCCGUCCUGUGCGAUGUUUUAGCCGCAUCAUCAACCGUCCGCUAUUUGGCCCAUGUGGGUAUGCAUGAAAUGAUCGAUCGGUGCAUGGCUUCUGAGAUGUAUCGUUUGGAAAACCCCAAACUGAAAUACAUCCGCAACGUACAUCGGACGCCGUCGCUGUGGGUCUCCGAAUAUUUCCCCGUCCCGAAGCCUCCGCGAGAACGAUACCAGCAAGCCGAUGCCGGACCGCCGUCGGCUAUCGAAGAGCAGAUGGCGAUCCGUGCUCUGUGGCAGCUCAUACUUAUUUGGGAAUUGCGCAGCGCCGUGAGUGGACCGAACCCUCGGUGGAACUGGCCCGCUAGCGAAGUGUCCAAGCUGCAGGGGCUGUAUUUGGAUGAGAUCUGGCAGCAUUCGUUGACUAACCAGCUCAUCGAGCAAACUCGGACAAUGGCUGAUUGCAGCUGCAUGUUUCCUGGCUUAUCGUCUCCGGUCGAAAGAUAUCGCGCCGCCAAAUCCCUCGCACGCCGUGCAGACUGGCAGUUUCCUUGUCACUGCUCUCCUCCUUCGGCCUUUCGGAUCAAAAGCAUCGAUCCCAAUGACAUGAAUUACAACAUGCCAGGCUACUCAUUCGUCCUCACAACCUUGUCACCAUGGUACACCUCACCCUGUCGAUAUGUGGAGUUUCGCUCCUUCCGCCGUUUUGGCUUCGCAAUUUGGGAUCGCACACGAAUGGCAGCACUAGGUCUCUUGUACCCGGACAAAGGCUCCCCUAAACUGCCUCAGAGUCCGAGAUCAGAGUCCGAUCAGUACGUUCGGUGGGAGAGCAUCUUGAGUGCAGAGGAUCUGGAGGAUAUCGAACGCAAAAGAAAGCACUUCUGGCCGGGAAUGGAAAUGGUUCAUUUGGAAUCCGCCCAUUCCAUCAGUAGCAUGACUUCGCCUUUUUCUUCCAGAUCGGAUCAUUUGUAUUUGUACUGAGCGUAUCUGCAUACCUUGGCAUUUAAUAGGUCCUGGCCGUCCACAUGCUAAGGCGUUGCGAAGCGCGUUAGUAAGCAUCAAAUGAAUUAUUUUUUUUGACAC